GAGGCCCAGAACGAGCCUAACCAGAGUGCAGUUCUUGGUCAAAAUGGCUGACGAAAGUUCGCAACCCGCUGGUCAACCCGGUAUCUCUUCGAAAGGGAUGCACCGUAGGGGUGCUCUGAGGCAGAAAAAUGUGCACGAAGUUAAGGAUCAUAAAUUUAUGGCUAGGUUCUUUAAGCAACCGACAUUCUGUGGACACUGCAAGGAUUUUAUUUGGGGGUUUGGAAAACAAGGUUUCCAAUGCAAAGUUUGCUGCUUUGCGGUUCACAAACGCUGCCAUGAGUUUGUCAGCUUCCAGUGCCCAGGAGCUGACAAGGGACCGGACUCUGAUUCCACAAAUGUACAUCGCUUCAGAGUGCAUUCUUAUACAAGUCCAACAUUCUGUGACCACUGUGGCUCCCUACUCUAUGGUCUCAUGCACCAAGGACUCAAAUGUGAAUCAUGUGACAUGAAUGUUCAUAAACGAUGUAAUAAAAAUAUCCCCAAGUUGUGCGGUAUUGACCAUACAGAGCGGCGAGGUAGGAUCUUCUUGAAAAUCAGAUUGGAGGACAAUAAGCUAUAUGUUUAUGUUCAAGAAGCGAGAAACCUGAAUCCCAUGGACCCUAAUGGUCUGGCUGAUCCAUACGUUAAGCUCAAGAUCUUACCAAGUGAACGAGAGUCAUCUAAACAGAAGAAGAAGACCAAGGUUGUCAAGGCGUGCUUGAACCCAGUCUGGGAGGAGAGUUUCAUCAUUCAGCUCCCCAAGCGGCAAGAAGCCAGUCAGCUUUCCAAACGAGAGGUAUCUGAGGAGGACUUCAGCAAACGUUUAUCAGUUGAGGUGUGGGAUUGGGACCGAACAUCCCGCAAUGACUUCAUGGGCUCGCUGUCCUUUGGGAUCUCUGAGAUCCAGAAGACACCUGCGGAUGGAUGGUACAAGCUCCUUAGUGCUGAGGAGGGCGAGUUUUAUAGUAUUCCAUGCCCCGAGGAGUCUGACGAGGUCACACCAAAUGUGGAGGACAUGAAGAGUAAAUUUGAGGCUGCGACCCUUGAGGCAAGAGAGGAGAAGAGGAAGCGAGAACCGCAGGUGAUUCAAGGCAACAUGAGCAAGCAAGACAUAAUCCGCGCUAGUGACUUUAACUUCCUCAUGGUACUUGGAAAAGGCAGCUUUGGAAAGGUGAUGUUAGCAGAGAGAAAGGGGGCUGACGAACUAUACGCCAUCAAAAUCCUAAAGAAGGAUGUAAUUAUACAGGACGAUGAUGUCGAGUGUACAAUGAUUGAAAAGCGAGUAUUAGCCAUGCCCAAGAAGCCGCCAUUCUUAGUCCAAUUACACUCGUGUUUCCAAACAAUGGAUCGUCUUUAUUUUGUCAUGGAGUAUGUCAACGGCGGAGACUUGAUGUACAGAAUUCAACAAGAGGGAAAAUUUAAGGAACCAGUGGCUGUAUUCUAUGCUGCAGAAAUCGCCAUUGGUCUGUUUUACUUACAUCAAAAAGGUGUGAUAUAUAGGGAUCUCAAACUAGAUAAUGUGAUGUUAGAUGCGGAAGGUCAUAUCAAGAUCGCUGACUUCGGAAUGUGUAAAGAAGGCGUCUUUGGUGAAAAAACCACAAGGACAUUCUGCGGGACUCCAGAUUACAUUGCUCCUGAGAUUGUGUUGUAUCAACCAUACGGUAAAUCAGUGGACUGGUGGGCAUAUGGUGUACUGCUGUAUGAAAUGUUGGCUGGACAGCCUCCCUUUGAUGGAGAGGAUGAAGAAGAACUAUUCACAUCCAUCACAGAUCACAAUGUAUCAUAUCCUAAAGCCAUGUCAAGAGAAGCAGUCGCCAUUUGUAAAGGGUUCCUGACCAAAAACCCCUCCAAGCGUCUCGGUUGUUUACCAUCAGGCGAGCGGGACAUCAAGGAUCACGCGUUCUUUAGGAGAAUUGACUGGGAGAGAAUAGAAAGUCGCCAAGUGCAGCCGCCUUAUAAACCAAAGAUUAAAAGCCGCAAGGACGUCAGCAAUUUCGACCGUGAAUUCACUCAAGAAGCCCCCAAGCUGACCCCAACUGACAAACUCUUCAUCAUGAACCUUGAUCAAACCGAAUUCUCCGGCUUUUCAUUCGUCAACCCGGAGUUUGUCAUAAGUGUCUGAAUAUGACACCAGUUGGCACCACCACGUGCCGUUAUCAUACUCCAAGUGCCAUGAGAGUGAGGAACUUUUCACGUUCCACAACGCCAUCCAAGGGCAAGAUUUUGACUGGGAACUGCACGCUAAUAACAACUACUGUUUGCACGCAUUGUUGAGUGAGAGACUGUGUACCAGACGUUGAAUGGUGAAGGAGGGUGGACUUUUCAAAAAAGCUGUGGAGAGGCAGAGACUGGUUAUGAAGAAGAUGGGUCACAGGUUAUGCACAGCUGAAGUAGAAUUUGCGUUAUCGAUGUUUGGAAGUUGUUUUUCCAAGGUUUUGCUGAUGUUACGGUACGGUACAAGCCUGAACGCCUGAACUGUGAAAAAUCACAGACGUCCUUAUAUUUUGUUUACUGCUGGUUUAUGGAACCCUUAUUUAGCUGAAUGGAUGAAAACAAACUAUAUGGGCUUAUGAUUCAUUACUUUACUACUUGUAGGUCUUAACUGCCUGAAGACCUCACCUAUCAUUUCGUCUUCCACUGUUUGUGAUAGUCACUAUUCCAGUCUUACAAUGUUACUGAAGAAUGAGACUAGUUUGUAAAGCAGUAAGAUUAUCUUCCAUAUCUUCCUUGAUGACUUUUUGUUUCUGUUUCCAUGAAAUUGGCAAGAUAAUGUGCUUCUUAGAACCAUUACAAAAAUAAUUCUUCUGCACAAUGAUCUGUUUGGCCUGCUGUAUCUCUUCAGCAAGACAGGUCGUUGUUAGUGAACUGUGCCAUUGAAAUAUUUGCCUCUGUGGGGCUUUUCCCAGCAAGAUGAGGGUUCUGUCAACCAGCUCAGGAGAGAAUAAGGAUGUGGUCAUUUUUGAGAGUAGCAUGUCGACCAUUACAAUGUCAUGUAGACCAUAUGUCAGAGCUUGAUCCACAUGUAUAUCUUGUGUACAUACAGUAUGUCACAUGCACAUGUGUCACGUGUACAUGUGUCACGUGUACAUGUGUCACAUGCACAUGUGUCACGUGUACAUGUCUUAAGUGUUCACAGUCAUGUUAAUUGUACAUACAUUGCCAUGGACCAACUCUGACUUGAGUUGUAGGUCCUCUGGUUCUCAUUAACAACUCAUACAUACGAACAGCAUCUCAUUCUUUUACUUCAAUUAGGUGUAAUUUUGAACAAAUUUCAAUGUUAUAUGUGAUGUAUAUAUCGAUCUCUCUCAGUAGUUGUGAAGCUGUGCAGUCGUAAUGGAGGUGUUCAUAUAGAAAGUUCACUGCCCUUGAUGUUGCUUGGGCAAAACUCAAAUAGUCUACCCUUCUUCUAAGUUGUACUAGACAGCACUGUAUUAUUAUAAAGAAUACCCCGAUUGGGUGACUCUGCCAAAUUUGAUGUGAAAAGCAAAAAUGAUGGUAUUACUACUUAGAUUUGCAUAUCCACUGCCUGUGUUGAAACCAUUCUCACCGUAUCAUCUCCUAUCAAAUAUGUUGACGUGCUUCAAACUAUGUGAUUGGUUAACUUGGAUAAUUCUAGGAGAUUAAUUAAGUAUCAUUGAUGCAUUCAGUGCUAUGUAUAACACUUGCAUUUUGUCUUGAUGCAAGGCCUGUGCAACUCUCUCCUCUCAUUCCAGGAUUUCCAAACGCAGGAUUUAGCGUUAGUUUUGGUUAUGUUAUGAAACAAAAGUGUCAAAUUCUGUAUCCCCUGACUUGCUAAUGAGAAAUGAACUGAUCAGGAGGUCCUAUUGUUGGGUUAGUUCCUGUCAAUAUUGUUUUCGCAAGUGGAUGAAUGUGUCUUCUUUGCAAACAUGCAAUAAUUGAACUGGGCAGAUGUGGUACCUUGAACUGUGAUUGAAAAUGUUCAUGACAUUUGUUGAAUUUGAUCAUAUCUUAUGAAAUUGCUUCAGGCUUAACAAGGUGUGUUCCUCCUGCAUGUGUCAGCAGACCGAAGCCAUUGUCAUCAUCAUACCUAAAUCAUAGAUCAUCCUCAUGCGUCAUUCUGAUCACCGUCACCGUCACCGUCAUCAUCAUCAUCACCAUCAUCACCAGUGCUACUGCUGCAGUCUCCAUUCCUAAUUACCGUCAUGACAUCAUAUCAGUAGUUCUGAUCAUAUUUCACAAAAGAAACUCGCAUAAUGUUAGUCAUUGGGCACAGGCAAGACAUAUCUUAGCUUCAUCAUCGUCAUCAUCAUCGUCAUCGUCAUCAUUUUCAUCCCAUCACCAUCUUUGCCACCAUCCACACCAUCACCAUCAUCACAUCAUCAUAAGUGCCUGUAACAACUACAUUCACUUCAUACGCAACCCAUUGUCAUAUUACAUGGAACCUGUCCUAUUUUCCUGCAGUUCAGGUCAAUCACAUCUGCCAAUUUCAAUUAUCUUGAUAUAUUUAGCCAGGCUUUCUUGCUCUUCCUAGGCCUAAGCAAGUUGGGCAAAAGCCUUCUGCUGAUUCCGUUGUGUUACUUAGGUUAUACAUUUAGUUGCUGUUAUUUAUUGGCUUUCAUUCUUUUAUCUUGUUUUCUCGCUUUGAUUGUUUUUAAAUCAGACAAUUUGAGAAUCUAAACUGCAGAAUGAGCCUCAAUGCCCAUUGCUAGUGCUGCGUAACUGAUCAACAGUUAUCGUGAGAGUGUUUUGUACUUGGCCUCAGUUCUGGCUUCUUGCCCUUGACAUUUCUGUUAAUCCUUCACAGUUGGUCUUUCAUUGUUAUUGUUUUGCAGUUGUUGAUAUCUUCCUACACACCAAUCAGAUCUCUCCAUGAAACUCGGGCAGCAACUGAAGAGUUUGCUCAUGAAAUAUUAAUGGAACGUCAUGAUGAAUCUUUUUGAAGAAUAUUUCAGUCGCAGAUUGGGAACUAUUACAGCCAUGUUAGCGACUAAUGCCCUUGUAAACCACUGCAUAUAAAGCAUGUACUGUUGUGAAAACAGCACCAUGCCAUUGCAGGGAGUUCCUUGUGAUUCAAACUUUCCUGUCAGUCUGCCCAUUUUGUGAUCAAACUCUUCAACCAUCUAGUAUUGUUUCUCUAACUUACACAUGUGUUGUGUUUAUUAUUAAACUUCGUUUGUGUUAGCUAUGAGUUCAUUAUCUUCCAAAGGCACAAUCAGGGAAUUCACUCAGCACCAACUCUCACUGCAUUCUUAUGCCUAACUUGGAAUUGUUGAUGUUAAUAUUUGGUUAUCUGGUUCCUCCCGAAAGGUUCUUAUUUAUUGCCUCUAAAUGGUCGAGCUAUUUCAUGAUAAUUUGCCUGUUCGCAUGAAUUUGCAAGCAUAUUGGCUGUAUCUAGAUUCUUAAUCGGAACUGAUAAAUACUUUUAAUGGUGAUGGUAAGAUAACAUCAAGACAAGGCCUGAAAUAAUGCUAUUUCUCCUAUUGAAUGACCAACUAGAAUACACUGGUGGUCAGUGUUAGUUGUUCACCCCUAGCAGAAAGACUAGACUAGCUACUCUUGCUUUAUAACUUGCAAUAUGAUCCCAGCUUAGUCUUACAAGAUGUAACAGAAGACAGUAUAUUGUUUAUCAUGACACAUCAUGCUCAGGGACCCCAUGCUCAGGUUUGGCUGUGGUGGUCAUGAAAGCAGAGAAUCCCUAUUAGAACCUCAUGCUCUCUAGCAGCUGACAUGAUUUCUCUGCUGCCUCAAGUCCAAUAUGGAUCCUGUGCUCCAAAGUGGAUGACAAAAUGUGGUUGACUGUCAUAUUUCUAAAUUUGAGAUGCUAUUGAGAUCUGUGCCAGUCAACAGAAAGUCUUCGCUUGGAAUUCUAUUCUAAAACACCUUGAUAACAAUAAACCACCGUUUACAGUGAAUAAUACACUACGCAUCACUGUGCCUCAUUUUGACGGCAGAGGUUAUGGUAUUUAGUCGGCCAUAACCGCUCGGGUUGGUGCAAAAUAUGAAAGCGGUAAAAAUCACAUUUCGAUGAAUAGUGUUGUAUAAGAAGAGUUGACACGUCACUGUGGGUAUAGGUUGUAUCACCUAACACGGCUUGGGUGGAACUGUCAUUGUGCCCAUACUACCAAUAUCUCCAGUUUGGUAUCGAUUCAUUUGACCCAAAUGCCACAGUCGAAUCCCUGUGUGUGGGCCACCUGAAAGGCAACCAUCACUCAUUUUUAUAUUUUUUGAACAAUUAAACUCAUAUUGAGGUUGCCAAUGUAUAUCUUGAUCAAACGCUAUAUUUCUUAACUCUAGUCAUAAAUGUGGUGAUGUGAAUACAAAGUAUACAUAAAUAUUAUAUAUAUAUAUAUAUAUAAAGUCAUUAAUUGAUAUAUAGUAAUUGAUGUAUAUUGUUGAUAAGAAAUCUAUCAUUUGCUAGAAAAUAUAGGUUAGGAUUCCGUCUCUAGGACAUAUUUUUUGCUCCUACUCAAGUGUAGUUAUGGGAUGUACACGUGCUGGUAUGUGCUUUUGGAACUGUAACAGCAACACUGGGUAACUGUUUAAUCAAAGACUCAAGUUGUCAUAGAAUAUGUCCCCUCGCGGGGUUUUCUUCAAAUCAAGUCAUGUGUAUUUAUUGUAAACAUUCUUAAAGGCCAGGUCAUUUUUGAGUUUUUCAAUAACAGUCACCAAACAUAAAGUUAUCAGUGGUGUUGUUUACUCUUAUAUGAAAACUGUCUUCAUGCCAAGUUUCAUCUGUCUGGCUUGCCUAAUUAUCUGGCGCCAUGUUGAUUCCUGAAUAUUGAAAACAAAUGGACCUGGCCUUUAAUUGGCCGAAGCAGUGAAUGGUGAUCAGUAUUGGGUCUGUAUGGACAACCAUUGCUUUUCAAGAUUUUCCUAGCGUUGAGCGAGCGCCAUAACUUUCCCCUUGUCUUCUAUACUUAGAUUGUGGGCCGCUUUGGGUUUCAGUUCACCCUAGAGCCAGACAUGUGGGUAAAACGUGUCCCGUCAUUCGGUUGAACUUGAAAUACUAAUCCUCUUUACUGACAAAACAUUAACGAAUUUUCAGACACAAAAAGAGAAAGUCAGCGAAAUGUGUUGAUGUUUCUUCUGGUUAAUUAUGAUAGCAGAUAUACAGCAGUUAGUGAGCCUUGUCUCAUACACUUGUUAGAAAACUACAAAGGUUGCAUUACUUUGUUCAGACACAGGAACCUGGAAAAGUAGAUCAUGUUCUGGGAGGCACUUUUCAAGAUGACCACUAUGUAAGAAAUAGUGCUGCUGCCCAGGUAGUUUAGAUAUGAUUGUGACAUACACAUUGCCCCUAUGUGUGUGUGUGUGUCCACUUCUCAUGAAACAUGGAUGUACAGUGUACUUUCUUCACUGUUUUGCCUGGACAGCUCUAUAUAGAAGCAUUGCUUUUGAAAUACUAAUUCAUGAAUAUUUUGUUGGCACUUUGCAGCUUAAGCCUUAUUCUCUGACUUCACAGCUAUCCUCGCCUAUAGACCUGCUUCCAUUGCAGCAUACACAUUCAAAUUUUUCUGUUAAAACUGCCUCAUUACUGCCUCAUUCCUGCCUCCCUAAAAAUGACCGGCAAAUAUCCCGUUCUCUUUGGAGAAUCUGUCCAUUGAGCCCAUUGAGGCAGAUGUCUUAACAACUGAACCCAUUCGUAGUGCUCGUAUGAGAUGUUAAAACAUUUUCCAAUGAACCCUGUCAAGCGUGUAUUGACUUAAUGACUUUCAUUCAAGGGAUAUUUGUAAACUGUUCAAUGAAGGCGUAUUGUAUGAAUGAAUACAUUAUAUAUAUUGCAUAAAAGUGCUAUGUUGAUCUUCUCAACCAUGUUAAAUAAACAUCCAAUUAAAAAUUGA